AUGGAUAACAGUCAACGGUCAAUGGACAGUUUCCUGGUAAGUACUAUACGAUGCAAUGGUAUCCAGGAUAAUGAUGGUGGACCGAAUAUCCAGACAUUGUGGGACAGAUGGGAAGAAGAGAGAAGUAAAAGGUGCAAUAAUACACUUAAUAAUGUGGGUUGCAAACUGUCAGCAUCUCUUCCAGUGGAAAUUGACAUUAACAACAGAUUGAAAGGUUAUGAAAUGGAACUGACUGACAGAAAGAAGGGCAAGUUACUUUGUGAUUUGCGGGACUUUGAAAAUGGGAAAGCUUUUUCAAAAAGAGCCAAUUGGAAAAAAAAAAAACAUAAUCACGUCAAAUUUACACAAGCAGGAAGUGAUGCACAGUACCAUGACUCCUCAUUCUUGGCAUCCGAAGGGUACUACACUUUUUUUGAAGAUGAAAAUGGAGAAAACGAUGAAUAUCCCCCACUUCCACCAGCUCAGCAAACUAGACAGUUCAACCAAAGCUUUCAGAUUGGCUUCAAUAAUUAUAGAGGAGUAAACAAGGAACAAAACGCCAACAUGAGCAGUCAAACAUGGUGCAACGAGGAAAGCAUCAACCACAAUGAUAUAAAUGAGGUAAAUGGUAACGAUUCCUCUCCUUUUGACUGUAAUCAUUAUGUUGUGAAUUUAUCUGGACAUUCUUUUUCCAGCAUUGAAUAUGCAAAUGUUUCUAAUGAACAGACAACAGAUGUAAUGGAAAAUAGUCUUGACACUUCAUGUGAAAGUUUUUAUUCAUGCAAUUCAGAAACUGAAUGUAAUGCUUAUAUUCACUUUGAUACAAGUGAUGUGAAUUAUGAGAGCAUGUUCAUACCUCCGUUUAUGAAUGAGCGUGUACUAUAUUUUUCAGAAAUGCUGAAUUUUGUUGUUAAUAAUGAAUAUCAGGAGUUUGUAAAGAAGAAAUAUAACAUUAACUACAACCUAAUCCUGUUAGAAUGGAAAGCUUUACAAGCCUUAAGUAAAAGUAGGGAUAUAAUCUUUAAGCCAGCCAACAAAGGGAAUAAAUUAGUAACCAUGUCAUACACUCAAUAUUUAGCAAUGUGUGAAGAACAUCUUAGUGACAGAGAUGUAUAUGAAAGAGUGGAUAUUAAUGCAUAUGACACUGCAAGAAAAGAAUAUGAAGUGUUGCUAAAUAAGGGCUUUAGGUUAGGAUAUUUCACUGAUAGACAAUCAACACAAAGCCAAACAUUAGAAUCAGUGAACAAACUGGAGGAUUCUCAAAGAGAUAUGAUGCCUCCCACUAAUGGUACAGGACUGCCAUCACAAAAUAAGAUGGAAAAGAAAGUCAGCAGUGAUGUGGUCAGUGAAUGUAGUACAGAAGCAGUCAAUAAAGAACCAACCACCAAUGAGAAGAUACUGAAAACUAUAGAUGUCUGCCAUCUAUCCAAAAAUUUGGAUGCUGGAAGAAUCCAGACUGAUGAUGUCAGUACCUGCGUAACUAAUGAAAGCAGUAACAGCAGUAAGUCGCAUGUUAUGGAAGAAGAUGACAUACCCGCUUGUAUACAUAAUCUGCAAUCUGGAAACAAAGAUGAUCAGAAGAGGAACAUGAACAACACUGAUGAAAAAACUACAGAUGUCAACCAUAUAUCAAAGGACAUGGACAGUGGAAAAACUCUGACUGAUGAUGUCAUAACCACCACAACAAAGGAAAGCACCGACAGCAAUAACUCACAGGCUGCGGAGGCAGAUGGCAUGCUCAGUAGUACAUGUAACCUGCAGUCUGGAAACAAUGAUGAGCAGAAGAGGAACAGGAACAACACUAAUGAAAAACAAUCAACACAAAACCAGGUAUUAGAAUCAGUGAACAGACUUGAGGAUUCUCAAAGAGAUAUGAUGCCUCCCACUAAUGUUACAGGACUCCCAUCACAAAAUAAAAAGGAAAAGGAAGUCAGCAGUCAUGUGGUCAGUGAAUGUAGUGCAGAAGCAGUCACUAAGGAGCCAACCACCAAUGAGAAGAUACCGAAAACUGUAGAUGUCAGCUAUCCAACAAAAAGUAUGGAUGUCAGAAGUCUUCAGGCUGAUGAUGUCAUUAUCAGUACGGCUAAUGAAAGCAGUAACAGCAGUAAGUCACAUGUUAAGGAAGGAGAUGACAUACCCACUUGUACACAUAAUCUGCAAUCUGGGAACAAAGAUGAACAGAAGAGGAACGUGAACAACACUGAUGAAAAACAAUCAACUCAGCAACAACUAGAAGAAUUAAUGAAGGAGCAGAAUUAUUCUCACAGAAACAAGACACCUCACACUAGUGAUGAUGAAUGUAUUUCACAAACCCACAGUGAAAAAGAAGGCAGCAGUAAUGUCAUUAGUGAAUGCAUCACAGAAGCUAUCAUUAAGGAAGAGUGCUCCAAUGAGAAGAUACCAGUCAGCGUUGACACUAAAAUUGCAGACAUCAUCACUGCACGAAAGCACAUGAAUUAUGGAAGUACCUUGACUAGUAGCGUCAUCAAUGUGGCAGAGGAAAGCAGCAGUAAAAAUGACCUGCGUGCUGACGACACAGAUUAUAUGCCUUCUGGUAAAUGCGAUAUGCAGUCUGGAAACAAGGACGGACAGAAGAAGAAUACAAACAACACCAAUGAUAAACAAUCAACACAACAGCAAGCAGAAGAAUUAAUAAAAGAUCAACAUGGUCUUCUCAGAGCUAUGACACCACACACAAGUAAUGCUGAACCUGUUUCACAAACCCAGACAGAAGGCAGCAGUCAUCUGGUUAGUAAAUGCAGCACAGAAGUUAUCAUUAAAGAUAAGUGCAUCAAAGAGAAGACAUCGAAAAUUGCAAAUAUCAACCACGUAUCAGUGGACACUGAUGUUGGAAGUAGCAUGACUAAUGUUGCUGUUAUCAGCACAACAGAGGAAAGCAGCAACAGAGAUUGCCUACAUGCUGAGGGCGCAGCUGAUAUGGCUUCUUUUACAUAUAUUCAGCAGUUUAGAAGCAAGGAUGAACAGAAGAAUGUUAACAACAUUAAUGAGAAACAAUCAACACAACAAAAAGUAGAAGAAUUAAUAAAAGAGCAACAGGAUCUUCUGAGAGCUAUGACACCACACUCCAGUAAUGUUGAACCUGUUUCACAAACCCAAACAGAAGAAGGCAGCAGUCAUGUGGUUAGUAAAUGUAGCAUGGAAGCUAUAAUUAAGGACGGAUGCACCAAACAGAAGACAUCAGUCAAUUCUGACAAUAAAAUUGCAAAUAUCAGCCACGUAUCAGUGAACACUGAUACUGCAAGUAGCAUGACUAAUGUUGCUGUUAUCAACACAAUAGAGGAAAACAGCAACAGAGAUCGCCUAUGUGCUGAGGGCGCAGAGGAUGUGGCUUCUUUUAAAUGUAAUCAGCAGUUUGGAAACAAGGAUGAACAGAUGAAGAAUCUGAACAACGUUAAUAAGACGGUUUCCACAGCCAACUAUAAUGAAGGGGAUUUGAAUGGAUCAGGAGAACUUAAGGAUGCCAUUUUGUGUGAGGCAAAAAGGGACAACUUGACAGACCACUCGCAGACUACAACUCUCAGCAAUUCUACUGUUCAUCUAAAGCCUGCACAAAAAGAAGAGGAAAGUCCUUAUCUUAGCCCCUGCAUAACAGUGCAAGUAACUGUUCCCAAUAUCCAAGCUACAGAAGACUUAAAGGGAUUCAGUGCUCUGUCCAAUGAGGUGAUUACAUGUGGAUAUGAGGAGGGCACUAACUUCAGUACUCUGUCCAAUGAGGUGACUACAUGUGGAUAUGAGGAGGGCACUAACUUCAGUACUCUGUCCAAUGAGGUGAUUACAUAUGGAUAUGAGGAGGGCACUAACUUCAGUACACUAUCCAAUGACGUGAUUACAUGUGGAUAUGAGGAAGGCACUAACUCAAAUGAGCUACAUCCUGCAGAGACAUCUAUUAUAUUAAAUAAUCAAUGUAGCUUGGACACUGAACAUGAGGAUGAAGCAGUGAAGAAACUGCACAGCACUGAAAAUAAAACUUCUACAGCACUUCAUGAUGGAGAACGUUUGAACAGACUAGAAGAAGUGAACAAUACAAUUUGCUAUAAGAAAGAAAUGGACAUUGAAUCACACUCCUCAAAAACUGCAGUCCCAGACACCAUCACGUACAUUCAGAGUUCUGCCCUGGAAAUACCGUUAAAACCUUAUAAUGAUUCAGACAACUUCCCACAUAAAGCCCAAGUAUCACAUUAUAAGGAUUGUACCCUGGGUGGACUAGGAGAAAAAGAUGAUGAUAUUUGCCCCAAAGAAGAAAUGAACAUCACACCAGACUCCACAAAAGCAAGAAUCUUGGAGAAUUCUGCUAUCAGCCAAACCAAUGCACAGGGGGUUCAGGAAAACAUUCUUAAUGUCUUAAGCAACUUGAAGCAGGUGAGUAACAGAGCACUAGUAAAAGAAAUGCAAGCUCCAUUUCAAAAACAGGCCAUAAAAAGCAAUAAAGGAGGAACUAUAUUACCUGACCUAGCAGAUGAUGAGAAAAAUAGUGUUGCCACUGGUUCUGGUGAAUGCCACCCAGAAAAAGAACAACCUGAAACACAGCCUGAGGAAAAGGCUUUCAACAUUUAUAAAGGAUCUGGACACUGGACUACAGCAAAGCAACAGAGAGAUUCUAAUCUUCCAAUGGAAGAAAUAAGGUAUACAUUGAGUUCACCACAGUUGAAAGACCUGGAGUGCAAUGAUGUAAUUGGUAGUCCAGAUGGGAGAAAUGAGGAAAUAUGUGCUGGAGAAUCAGGAAACACAGAAAAAAGAGCAGAUUCCCAGCAGCUUGAUGAAGUAUGGUUGAGCACAUCAGAAAAAUGGAAUGAAACUGAUAACCUGAAGGAGGAAGCAAUUGACACAUCAGACACCUCAUCAACACAAGAGCCAUAUGAUAUAAUACAAAGCCCUGUACAGGGAAACUAUAAGACUUCCACAAGCUCCUUAAAUGACAAUGAGCAGAUUCUUGUCAAAUUUUAA